CUUAAAUUAGUUGAUACAUUCAUAUAUUGCUCAAGAAAGGCAUUCAUUUAUUUUCACCAAAAGGUAAUAAUCUCUUAUAAAGGCUUCGAAACACCGCGAAAAUUUGAAAGUAAAAUAGCUAUGGCCUCUAUGGAGCCAUCAUCAAUUGCAAACGAAUCACUGCUGCAAAGCAACGAGCUAUACAAGUAUAUUUUGGAGACCACUGUAUAUCCAACGGAGCCAGCACCAUUAAAGGAAUUGAGAGAUGUCACUACUUCUAACAAUAAUAACCCUCCUUUAGACAAUGUUGGUAUUACGUGUCCACUUGGUGGACAAUAUAUAGGCAUGCUCUUAAAGCUAGUGAAUGCAAAAAUGGUGAUUGAAAUUGGAGUUUCUACUGGAUACAUAACACUCUUAACUGCUCUCUCUAUUCCAAAAGAUGGCGAGAUUCUAGCCAUAAGUCCAUAUGCAAAGUCCUAUGAACUUGGUUUACCUAUCAUAAAGAAAGCAGGAGUUGAGCACAAAAUCAACUUCAUUGAUUCCGAAGCGCUUCCCAUUCUUGAUCAAUUUACCAAAGAUAAAUUAAACUUGGGAAGCUUUGAUUUUGCAAUAAUUAAUGAAGCUCAGACCAAUAAUUACAUUGAUUACUAUAAGAGAUUAGUGAAGCUGGUAAAGAUUGGAGGGUUAAUUUGUUUUAGUAACACCCUAUGCGAAGGGUAUGUGGCUAAACAAGAGCAAGAUGUGCUAGAAAACAAGAGAUAUUUUAGGCAACAAUGUCUCAACUUCACUAAGGAAAUAUCACAAAAUACUCAAGUAGAAUUAUGCCAUUUACCAUUAAGCAACGGUUUUCUCAUGUGCAAGCGCCUUUACUAAUAAUUCUUCGAUCAAUUUGUGGUGAUCCAAGUUUAAUUUGUUGUACUUUAAUUGUAUGACCAAUCAUUUGUUUUUAAUUGAAUAAUGAUAAUCAUGAUGUAUGUUUAAGAC